AUGGACGUUAAUGCUGACGGUUCGGAGCGCCGCUACGUACGAUCCAGCGACCGACGUCUGGCCGAAUUGGCAGCUCAAGCAGCAACCCGGUUUGACCUGGACGAGUUGCAGUAUCGACGUUGUGAGUCCAGUGGUGUCAUGACGGAGCAUGUGAUUGACGGCACCAUCGUGACUGCAACGAGUGUCAUCGAAUGCUCGCUUGCCGAGAUGCGGGGCCUAUUGGUAUCGCCCACGAGUGAACGCUACGCUUGGGUGAUGCGCGAACUGUUCGGUCGGGACUUUAUCUACGGGACGAUCGUGCACCACGCGAAAGAAGUGACGACGCAGGACGUGACGGUCCGGACAGCAGCCUUUUUGAAGCGCCACAUGCUGGCACGCAAUCAACAAUGGUGUUUUGUCUGUGCUCAUAAGACCUUGGAGAAGAGCCAAGCGGAGGGGUUCACGGUCACAAUAGCGUCGCAGCACCCGGACGACGUGUUCUCGGGUAAAGUCCAAGCUGCCAACGUCGUUCAUGUCCAGGGUUUCACGGGUUUCUACCUCGUCACUGCUGAGCCGCAAAAGACGACGAAAGCAGGACGAACGAAGCGAGCUGUCCGAGUAACCUUUUGCGCUCACGUACCCUUCACUUUAAGCUCCGGGAGACCUGCACCCUUGCGGUGGCUCUUGCCGACGAAGAACCGCCGGAAUCGUGAUCAUGCCUCAAGCGGCGUGGUGCUGGCACGGGUCAUGCAAUUUGCACGGUCAUUGAAGCAGUACCAGAAUGCUGUCCGCUGGCGUCGACUCGAUGCGCAAGUGUUUGCUGACUUGCGAAAGGUGCAGCCCACAAACACCCGCUGUGCGUGCUGCGCGCGUCGCGUGGAUGCCAAAAAGAGCAUCUUUGGGAUGUCAAAAGCAGGCAUGGCGUCGUUGCGACGCUCGAAGCGGUGCCACUUGUGCGGCUUCCUUGUCUGUGCUCGUUGUGUACGCUCGACCGGCCAAGCGCCGGCGUCGAGCGAGACGUCUCGGUCUUCGAAGACAGGGGUCAAAUACAGCCAAGCAGUACACGUAUGCGAGCAUUGCAUGCAGCGCAUUGACGACGCUGACUACGACAGCUACUGCGCCACUGAAGGCAGCACGACGCCUUCCUUAAUCCAGCCUGAUGGGCCGAAUGUGGAGCCAGUGAGCGCGGUGAUCGCACACUCGCUAAGUCAAGUGCUUAGUACAACUUCCGAAGAAGAGAAGUCUGUAGUCGUCCGAGUCAUCAAGCACAUCAUCAGCUCAACAAACAGCGGCAACUUCCGAGCGGACUCUAGUGAGUUGACCAUGAGACUCGUUCAGUUGUCAAAGGAGCAUGGAUUUUCGGGCGAGCUGAUGCAUUUUGAGCCACAGGUAGUGCCUGAAGUCACUCCUAAAGUUCCGUCGGGUCAUGACCUCUAUCCUGUCGCGGACGGCGGGGGACGUCAAUAUGAGCUGCAACAUGCAAAUAGGUGCGAGAGCAGUGUAGCGGACACGGAUGAUUUUGAAGGAGCUCAAGAUACUGAAGACCUCGAGGUUCCUGAAAAUGAUGAAGAUGACUUGGGUGUUGGCGAAGUCAGCAAGGUCGUCGAUGCUGCGCACUACCCGAAACCAGCUGAUGAAAGCCAACGACUGCACUGGAUUGAAGAACAUCCAAACAUUGUUUCGUACAUGAUGAACCUCCCGGAUCUGGAGCUACUCUGCAAUAUCGCUUGUGGAGAACUAAAGUGCGAUGCGGUGGUAGUUACCCUCAUCGGUUAUCAAGUCGCGCACGUCGUGGCGUCUUCUGAACCGGCUUGGCGAGGAGGGCAGCUUCCUCGUGAUCACACUAUAUGUGCUCACGCCCUCAUAAACGACUACCCACUACUGGUUCCCCAUCCGGAAGCGGAUGUACGUUUCAGUUCGAUGAACGUAGUGCGUCGCGACGGCAUACGCUUUUACUUUGGCUUUCCGGUCAAGGUCGAUUACCCGGAAGGUGGUGGCUCCACUGCCGUCGGGACGUUCUGCUGUAUUCACGUUGGCAAAAGCCGCGAAGUGUCGGAAUCCCAGUAUGCGCUUAUGGCAACUCUUGCUGGAGGUGUGACCCGUGUGAUGGAGUCCCGGGCAGCAACUUUACUGGAGGGCUAG